AUGGAGCAUCUCUCAAAGCUCAACCAAAAAUACUUGUUGGUCCCUAAGUUCCUCUAUCUAUCACUCUCAGCUGCUUUUUAUAUGUUCCACCAAUUCAGAUCGCAGUUCAUCUUCGAUAGAUACGGCAUGGAAAAGGACAAGCUGGGAUUGUACUUGAGCAUCCCCCAGGCAAUAUCUUUUUUCUCCAACAUUUGGAUUGGUUCAAUAAACGACAGGUCUGGCAAGCAGAAGAUGAUCAUACUUGGCCUGCUUGUGACAAGUGCCAUGUUCUUUCAGUCGUUCUUCUUUUCCAAUAGUCUCGUUCUCUUUUGGAUCAACUUUACUUUCUACUUCGUUCUGCUCUCCGCCACUCUUCCUCUCCUUGACAAAGUCAUGCUUGACUAUGUCAGCGAGAUUCCCGGCAUGGGAUCGAAGGCUUUUGGCACACAGAGACUCUGGUCUACAUUUGGAUAUCUCAUCACAAAUUUCGCUGUUGAACAUGUAAUUGCAACCGAUGACAAGGACACGCAGAACUACGACAAUAUGCAGUACUUUAACAUAUUUGUCGUUGGAAUAGCCAGCGUCUUUAUCUAUCUCUUUGUAAAAAAUCUUCCGAGACGAACCACGUCCAGCGACUACAUUAAUUCUGUAAAAGCACUGCUCAGAAACUUUGAGUAUGUUUACUUCAUCUUUAUCAUUCUGCUAUGUGGUAUAUCGCGUGCUUUCAUGACAAACUAUCUCGGAUUCUAUUACUCAAAAGUACUAAAGUUCAAUGACCAGAAGAGCCCUUUCCGUCUAUUCUGGCCAUUGAAUCUUCUGGUCGAUGCAGCAUAUGAUCACAAGCAGUCCACUUCGACAAUGUUUGGAGUGGCAUUGGAAAUUGUUGUGUUCUAUCAUUCAUCUCUUGUUACUGACAAACUUGGGUUCUUUUGGCCUAUUCUUCUCUCUCAAAUCUUCCAGCUAUCCAGGUUUCUGUCCUACUACACUUUGACAUACGAUAAUCCUAAUUCAUUCGCCAUCUGCUGCCUCAUCGAGCUUCUCAAGGGCGCCAACUAUUCUCUUAUCCACACAUCGGCUCUGCAGCUUGCCAACAGCUUCUGUCCACCAUAUCUUAGAACGACUUCGCAGCUGAUCUACAACGGGGUGUUUGUGGCCGUAGGCACUGUGCUGUCUGGUCUAAUCUUCAAGAGCUUCUUUACAAAGGGUGUUGAGGAUGUUGAUCUUUCUUACUCAGAGUUUAAUUCUGCAUUCAAGUGGAAUAUCUACUUUUCUAUUGUGGGCAUAUGCUUCUUUAUCUACAAGUACGGAGUUCGCGAGAAUCUACUAUUUAACAAAGAAAAUGCAGAGCGAAAGAUCCGAGAUAUUGAAAGAAUAGCAAAGAGAGAAGAAGCCGAAGAGACAGAGCAUCAGCAGCCACAACAGCCUAAAGCCGAAGUUAAGUAA